UUAAAUUAUUCCUCUUAAUUUAACCUUUAUUCUAGGCAAUCUUUAUAACAAUAUUGUUAGACUGUUGAUUAUAAGGAGCAAUGAUAAGUUGAUCUCCGAUAUUAGUAAAAAUCAUACCUUUAUAUGUUCGACAUAUCUCACUAUCUUAGAGCGUUUUAAAUUUUUCGAAUUAGGAAAAGAUUACAUCACAUAGUACAUUAAAAUUGGAAACCUUGAAGAUUUGAUCAUAAAUCUAAUUAGAAGAAUUGAAGAUUAGGAGUAACAUGUAAAGUGAAUAGAGUAGUUAAGAUUUAAAAAAAAAGAAAUUGUCCUGCUUUAAAAGUGGCCUGCAUGAUCUUCUCCUGCACUAUCUUCUCUCAUAUUUAUUCCUGAAUUUCGGAUCACCACAUGACUAAUUCCAACCUUUUUUGCACUUUCUAACUUUCUCUCUCCUCUGUUUUCAUUCCUUUCUUGGUGUCUCUACUUUCCCCUAGGCUUAUCCUUCUUGGGUUUUUCUCCAUUUUUGUUAUUUUGCAAUUUGCUGCAUCUUUUUCUAGGAUUCUUUGACCUUGGUCACACUCUUUGUGUGUUUAUUUAAUAUUACCAUUAAAAACCCAAGUAAAAUAUGUUUAAAAAGUAUUUACUUUGAUUUAGAUUUGGUGAUUUUUUUGCUCCCUUAUUUGUCACACAUACCCUUCAUUUUAUUGGGUUCCUUUCAAUUGUAGGGGUUGGUUGGGGAAGCCUUAAAAUUCAAAAAAGUUUGUUUCUUUUUCUUUAAAGGUUUUCUCUUGUAUUUAAAUCUGCUUUUCUGAGAAUUUGGUGGUUUGGAAACUCUAAAAUCAUGGGUUUUGAUGAAAAUAAGCAAGAAAUUUCUGGUGAUUCAACUGAUGUUCUGAAUGUCAAAGAAAAGGAAGAGGGUGUUAGUGUUAAUGAGCCUAACAAGGAGAAACUAACUAGGAAAUCAAGUGAAGAUUCUGUUCUUACUAUUGAGGAUGAUGAAGAUGAUGAUGAUGCAGAGAGUAAGAUUAAUUUGGGUCCACAAUGCUCAUUGAAAGACCAGUUGGAGAAAGACAAGGAUGAUGAAAGUUUGAGGAAAUGGAAGGAGCAACUUCUUGGCAGUGUGGACAUUAAUGCAAUUGGAGAAACUCUUGACCCAGAGGUAAAAAUUUUGAGCCUCGCGAUAAAAUCUCCUGGUAGAGAUGAUAUUUUGCUUCAGAUUCCAGAAAAUGGAAAGGUGAAGGGCAACUGGUUUACAUUGAAAGAAGGUAGCCGCUACAGCCUCCAGUUUGCUUUUCAGGUCAACCAUAACAUAGUUUCAGGCCUCAAGUACACCAAUGCUGUUUGGAAAACUGGAGUUAAAGUUGAUAGCACGAAAGAAAUGCUCGGAACAUUUAGCCCUCAAGCAGAACCAUAUAAGCAUGAAAUGCCAGAGGAGACCACCCCAUCAGGAAUUUUUGCUAGAGGAUCAUAUACAGCUAGGACAAGGUUUGUUGAUGAUGACAACAAAUGCUAUUUGGAGAUCAACUACACAUUUGAUAUCCGAAAGGAUUGGUAAAACCCUGAGCUAAACAUCUAUGUUUCGCGGUGACACUUCCCAUUGGUUCUUGCUGGUUGGCGAUCUUCAAAUCUUACGAGUAUGUUACUCAAGCAGUUGGAAAGAAGAAAUCAACUAAAAGGCAGCUUUAAAUCAACAACCUUUCCUGAUCACUUGACCUAGACUUUGCUCCACUUUUAAUUUCUUUUUUCUUCAGCAAUGUCUCCAUGUGUGGAACUUACAGUGUAAAGGUUCACAUUGUGUUGAAGUUGUUAGUUAAACUGUCAAUAUGACAUUUCUGUUGUUUUGGGAGCAUUUUUAAUAACUAUAUGUUGAGAAACUCUUAGUAAAUCGUUAGAAGGUCUGAAAAGUUUCGUCUUACAUAUUUUAACUCGAAACUACCCUUCUAUGCAGUCUGAACAAUCCCGGAUUCCUGCAAUUCUGAUCCAUGUAUGAUAUUUCUAGUCUACUUAAAGUUAUCAGCCUCAGAAUUGUUUGAGCAUUAGCAUUGCAUUACUAUGUUUGUACCAAGGGCUGUUAUAUAAGCUACUUAAAGCAAUUCAGCAAAUGUGCACUUAUGCUAACUUUUCUUUUCA